UGUUGGUAAACAGUAAACAGUGUAUAGUAUUGUAUGCAGAAGAUUAUUGUGAUUUUAUUGUAAUAAUUGGUCAUCGUUUUUAUAUCUCUUUACCUGAUAUAAAGUUUUUUCUCUUUUGUUUCCAACCAUUGUGUAGUAGUAUAAAAAAAGUAAGUUUAAACGUAAUAGUUCUAGCAUAUACCAGUAACUUAGUAACUCAGUAAUUUCUGAGUAAUUCUGAGUGAAAAAUUGUGCGGAAUAACAACAAAAACUAAACUUAUAUUUUGUGGCUUUAUUUAGAAGUACCUACAACACAGCCUACUUAGGAGCCCCUAAUUACAGUGGCGUAGUCUUGUAGUCCUUAGUAGUAUUCAGUGGUAGUAAAUGAAAGUAAUUAGAGUGUCAGGCAGUGUCACCUGUUUUACACUCAGUCACACACACUGAUACUGAUAGGUACUUGGAUAAAAUGUUCAAAUUGAAUGAAUUAUGAAAUGAACACAUCUGUAUGAUAGCCCUUGUUAAAUGAAGUAAUAAUAUGUUUUCAUUUUUCAUGUAGCACUUUCGGUUAAAAAGAUAUGAUUUUUUUGGUGAAUAAAAAAUCACUUUUUUUACAUAAGAGUAGAGAUUUGUGACCUCUUUUCACAAUUUUUUUACGAAAAGGCUCAUAACUUUAUAGCAGAGGGGACAAAUAAUAUGAAACUUUCCAGAAGUGUUCAUCAUCAUAUUAUCAACAUCUUUGUUGCUUUAAAAACUAAAAAAAAAUUAAUAGAAUAUUUUAAAAAUAUUUUUUAAUGUCAUUAAAAAAAAACUUUAAAAAAAAAAUCUAAAAAAAAUUAAGACCAAACGUAAUUUAUUUUAAAACAGGAAAUAUAACAGAGGCAAUUUUCCAAUAAAAAAUAUGCUUUAAUUUGAAAUGGAGCAAUAUCUGAUAAAUUAUUAGUUAAUAUGUCUAUUAUUGUAUACUGUAUAGAUAUUACAAUAAAUCCUAAUAUUAAUUAAGAUGGAACUUGAUUGCUUGAAGCAUUAUAAAAUUUCUUGGGCUUUCUUAUCUGUCAACUAUUGUUAAAUAAUACUUUUUUUUUGUUUUUUAUUUUUAUUUUCAGCCUUUUUUUUUUUUUUUCAAGGUUUAGACCCGUUCUGGCCAAAAAUAGCAUUGUUAUGGCCAUCUUAGAGACUUGAAUUUUUACAUGGUCAUUUUUUAUACAAUUCUACAGAUACACCAGGUCGAUUUAAAAUGGGACAACAAACAGUUUUCAAAAUAUUGAUAAAUUAGACUUAGCUGCUUUCUCACAUUUUUUUUUUAUUUACGACAUUCUGAUAUUACUGAAAACAAAAUGGAUGUCGUUAAAGCCCGUUCAUUAACGUAACUAAAACAGUAAUUCGUUCGUUGAUCCGACGUUUCUAGCGCGAAAAAAUAAUUGUUUAGUGAACCCUAUCAUUCAGCACACAAAAAAAGCGUCUUAAAAUCCUAGGGGCAAAAAUAGCCUCAUAUCCAAUUACCUACACACUGUGAUCACACCACACAUUCACAGGGUAAAAGUGAAUGGGAAGAGAUAGCACCGCGUUUUUUUUACUCUGGUUGCUGUGACCUGGAAAUCAUAUUCUUAAUGUAUCCCUAAACCUAACCUGAACCUUAAAUCUAUCCCUAAACCUAACCUGAACCCUAAACUUAUCCCUAACCUGUGUUUUGACCCUAUCGGAACCAGGGUUUUGACCCUAUCGGAACCAGGGUGCUAUCUUCACAUUAGCCAGUCAGGGUGUUCAGUUUUUUAUUGCUAGAACUUAGUAUUUCUUAGUAAAAGUAGGUACUUCACUAAGCCGCGCGCGCCGGUCGAUUUUUCGGAUGCGAGAAACAGACCAUUAACCGGCGACCGGUCAAUGUCGGUAGGUCACGGGUUCAUAUUUAGAUUUCAUUUCCUUUGUCUAUGUAAGGGAGAGACAAUGAACUUCCUACAGUCUGUUUUGUGCACACGAGGAGGACGAUCAUUACAACAUAAACUUUUUCACCUGACUGACAGAGGUUGUGGCAGAUAUCUUUCGUUGGGAAAACAGGUAAUUUUGCUAGUGCUUUAUUUCGGAAACCAUAAUCGUGUUGUACUUAAUUCUUUAUGUGUUUGAUGUAUUAAACGAUUCCACUAAUGGAAACAAGAAACAUAAGGACAUUUAGAUAGGCCGAAAUUGAAAAGACAGGGUGUAAAGUUGAAAAUAAUUCAUAACCAGUUAUCAAUUAGGCCAAAUGAACCAGAAGUGAUAACCAUUCUCUGUUAUUAUUAUUAUUCUUAUUGCAUAAGAAGUAUUUAAAAAUCUUUAUAAAUCUAUUGUUUUUAAAAGCAAUCCAGUUCAUUUUUAUUAUUAAACUUGUUUUUAUUUCAUGAAUGAAAACAAAUUUAUAAAUAUUUUAUGAAAUUUCAUUUUUUUUUUAAAUAAUAAAAUUUACAUCCGUGAUAACCAUGUCAAAACUAUAUGAUUUAUCAUCUUGAGUAAUUUAAAUAUAUGUUGUAAUUUUAAUAAUUAUCAAACUUCACAACAGUGAAUUAUAUAUUUGGAAAUUAAAUAAUGCCCUUAAUGAUAUAAUUUAUCUUAAACCCAGAUUAGAUACUGUAAAAGAUUAAUAGUUAUAGUAGUAGUAGGCUCAGCAGCCUACUGAAUGAAUAAUGAUUAAUGAAUAAUUUAAUUACAAUAUUAUCACACUGAAAUAUACAAUCUUAAAUUAAAGACAGAAAUAAAUUAAAUAAGGUUACCUUUUGUUACUUACGUGAAAAUGCUUAUUUUGUGUUUAAUUAAAUCGAUUUUCACUCUCUAUUUCAGUUUGUCUGGACUACUAGACCACAUAGAAUUACAAGGAGUUUGUGUUGCAAUGAAGCGGAAAUAAUGCCUCUUCUGUUUAGAGGUACUGACUACCCAGCUGUGCCAAGUGUUGCUUCAGCAAAAUAUCUCUAGAUACGUCUCUGGAAUAUGGCUUCUACUGCCAAAAUGUGUCUGCACGAACAAUUUCACUUAAAUUGUUGUACCGGUCUUUCCUGUUUUUACAAAAACGUAUCGAGUGUGACUGCAUGUCCAACUGGACAAUCCACCACAAUAUGGACCACCAGAGCAUAAUCUUAACAGCUAUUGAUAUUUUUCACCAACUACUGCAUUUAUAUGGCAAUUUAUAUACACUCAGGACUCCUAUUUAUCAUCAUGAUGGGUGGAAGCAACAAUAUUGACACAAAGUAAACCAUUUCGGAAAACCAUUCAUCACCAAUGGUAUCUACACUCAGGACUCCAUUCAUCUGUGACAUAAACUGAAUCAUUUCCAAUGGUAUCUAUAACUGUUACAAAUUUGAUCAGGAUUGCCAUGGACUCGGCCAACACAUAUACACAUAACUUGUGACCAUCAUCUUUCCAUGACAGAAAUUAUAUCUCUUUUAUUCUGAUGUUCAAUGAACUAUAGAAGUACUAAUAUAAUAUUAAAUGAUCAUCAUUUGUACUGUGGAUUUCAAAUAGCAUGGCUACUUGGAUCACCAAUUUCAUGGACUGGAUCAUGGAUGAUUGGAUUUGACAUAUGGGAUUAGCAUUUUUUCAAUGCGACCUAUCCAUUAUAAUACAUUAUUUUAUAAAUCUUUUCUGUGGAAUUAUUCACAGAAUUAAUAUUAAUUUACUAGAGUCUAGAUGAUUGUGUGCAUUAACACAAUAGGUUGAAUUGGUAACAUUUAUGCAAUUUGUAUUUUUAAUGCACAAACAGGCUAAAUUUUAAAAUUAAAUCUACUCACUCUCUGUUGCUCAAAUGCCACUGAUUUAAUUCAUUUAUUGAUGUAUUAAUAUUUAAAUGGCUUAUUAUAAAAGCCCGAUGCCUAAUUAAACUAUGCUGAAAAUUUGAAGGCUUUAACUUUGCAGGUAAAAUAGUUAUGGCAUUUUGAGUAUUGAGAACAGGCGCUCCAUUUUUAAUGAAAUUUACAUACCCUCUAUUGUUCAAAUCCAGCGCAUUAAUACAUUAGUCAAAAUAUUAAUAUGAAAAUGGCUUAUUAUAAAAGCCCAAUACCUACUUAAGUUAUGCUGAUAAUUUGAAGGCUUUAACUUUACAGGUAAAAAAGUUAUGGCAUUUUGAGUAUUGAGAACAGGCGCUAUGUUUUUAAUGAAAUUUACAUAACCUCUGUUAGUCAAAUCUGGCGCAUUAAUACGUUAGUAAAAAUAUUAAUAUGGAAAUGGCUUAUUAUAAAAGCCCAAUACCUAAUUAAACUGUGCUGAAAACAUGAAGGCUUUAACUUUACAGAUAAAAAAGUUAUGGCAUUUUGAGUAUUGAGAACAGGCACUACGUUUUAAAUGAAAUUUACGUACCCCCUGUUCGUCAAAUCGCACACAUUAAUAUGUUUGUUGUAGUAUUUGCAUAACAAUGAUUUAUUAUUAAACCCAAAACCUUAAUUGAAAUGCGUUGCAAAUUUCAAAGCUUUAACUUUGCUGAAUAAAAAGAUAUCGCAUUUUGAGUGCCAAAGAUGUCUUUAUUCAGUCACAGAAUUAUGAAAAUAUUUACUAAGGCUAUAUAAGGAAAAAUUUCUGACACUAAAAAUGCGAUAACUUUUGUUCUAAUUAAGAUAUAAAGCUAAACUAGGUAUCAAUGGAAAGGAAAUACUUAGUCCUUUCUAAUGAUAUAAGUUUCAUUAAUAUAUAACAACUUUGAAAUAUUUUUAUUUAGCUUAGCUGCAUGGGUUUUAGGCAAAUGAGAUGUCUCACCUUAGCCCUUAGCUAGGCACAUUGGUAUGGCCCGGAAACACCAGAAAAUCGGAUAUGGUAAUUUCAUUGUCGAAAUGGCAACCUCCACUUUUUAAUUUACAGAGGGUAUUGCUUGUACACCUUUUAUAGUCGAUUUUUAGCAUAAUUAUAAAUUCUACACCUGCCUAUUACUUAAAGCCGACAUCUUGGUUGUUCUUUUGAGAAUUCAUUUGAUUAUUUUUUUCGAUUAAAGCUUUGAAAAUUGAAGUUAAUAAUAGGUAAACUUUACUCAUCUAUAGCUUUUUUUAAAAAAAUUAAAAACUAGAGUUCUUUAAUUUAAAACAUCAUCAUUACAUAUAAAAAAUUCAUGAGUGUAGACGUAGACCAUAGUCAAGUCCAUAAGGUGUGGUCAAAAACAUAAGUCAAACAGGUCAUUUUUUAGGCUAUGUAAUUUGUCAUCAUGGCCACCAUGCUUGUCUGCAUAUUACCUAUUAUCAAUAGCGGCCGUGUGGUAGUUAAUAAUAAUUCAUUAAAUUGGUUAUCCAGAAUAUAAAUGGGAAAUAUAACUAAUAGUAAAUCAUUUUAAACAAAUAAAAAAUAUUUAUAACAUAAAUAAUUAUUAUUGGCUUACGAAUAUCAGUGGUUUUUAUUUUGGUGCUGGUUGCCAUGGACAUGAGAUUGAUAACCACUUGUCUUUAACUUAGAUAAGUCUAGUAAAAAAAGUAAUACUACUAUUACAAAUUAUUUGGGGAGCGGGAUAAAUAACCUUUAUUACAACUAAUAUAAUUAUAUAUGAGACCCCCAUCUCCACCCCCUUUCAGUAUAAAAAUGAGAAACAAAACAGUUCUACGUCCCAGACACAUAUAAAAUGAGAAAAAACUUUUAUCAAAUAAAUUCAGAGCCAAAAAUCAAAGUCUUUUGAAUCCGAAACUAUGGCUGGUAGUUGACCUGAGGAACCUCCAUGAUCUAUAUACCAUGGAAGACAUCUUUAUUAUCUUACAGUAGGUUAACACCAGUGGUGAAGGAGGGGGGAUUUGAGGGGGUGCUCUGCCCCAUGUAGCAUUGUGACUAGAUAUCACUGUUAAGUAUGAGCAUGAUACACUAAUGGGUCUAGUGUUAGUACUCCAAGACCAAAGUGUUAUGUUCAUGGGUGACAUUGUUUCUAGACUGUUUACUACUGUAUGAUACUAUGUUAGUAACCUAAUGUUAGUCACCCACACUGACAAAGUGGCUUAUAAAGAAAGAUAUCUUAAAUGACAUUAAUUAAAAGGAAAAAAAUGCGAGAUGACCAAAUGACUUAAUUUUAACACUAAAAAUGUUGUAAUUUGUAUUUUGAUAAUUGCAUAUUAUUUUAUAUCAUUCACAAUGUAUUAAAAAGUUAUUUUUAAAAUUUAUAUAGGAUUUUUUUUUAUUUGAUCUUUUUACAGAGGAAAUGAAGAUUCUACACAAAAACCAGUUGAAUUUCUUAUGCUCUUAAGGCAUUAGAAAUAUGCAUCUACAUUAAAAAGGAGACUAAAUUUUUAGUACACAAUUACACAUUCCUGACUAUCAUACUGGCUAUGGUUUAAACAAAAUGAGUGGGAAUUUCUCAAGUUCUAUUACCAUAGAACAAAGCUCAGCAAUAAAUGAAACAUGGAAGGAUCAUCUUGCAACAACUGGUUCUCCCAUACCUUUUCAAGUUAUAACUAUUCCUCCCUGUCAAUGGAUUUUAUUUGCUGAUAUCAGUGACUCCGGGUUCGUUCAUUCUUCUUUGUUUAAUGAAAUAAUGAUUAAUUUGAUGAUGAUUUGUGCUUAAAUUUUUAAAAGUAACUUCAUACUAGUAAAUUUAAGUGAAUGUAAAAUAAUUGAUUUAAUCUGUUUAAAUUUCUUUUUUUCAGAGUAAAAUGGUGGGAUGUAAUGAUUUUAGUUCCCAACUUUCUCUUUAUGAUGUUUUUGUUCUUCCGCUUGAAAGUAGCCAUUGCAAAACUUCGUACCUCUAGCAGCCCAAUAUUUGCAGCUUUUUAUGGAUUAGUAAGUUUUAUGUUAAGUAAUAUUUUUAAAUUUCUCUUCUAUUGGCUACCAUUAAAUUCUGAAGUCACCCAUGCAUUUAAAUUAUCAUACCAUAUAUUUACAUUAUUUUAUGGCACUCUUCUGUCUUUGUUUUUUUAUAUGGCAUUCUUCCGUCUUCGUGAAAAGGUGGAGUAGCUAUUUGCACUUCAUCAAAUGGCUUAUGAGGCGCAUCUUGGAAUGGCAGUCUUGGAUGCACUUCUCGCAGGAGAACCUUGAAUCCUGGUUAAAUUCAGCCUUCCAUAAUGUUCUUUUUUGUAGAAAGAGCAUUGUUUCACAAAUCUUCCUUCUGUUUGACUCCUUCAUAAACUGCUUUUCACCAGUUAGAACCUUGCUCAGUGAUGAUCUCCGAUUCAUUGAGUUCUUUAGAUAUAUAUUAUAUUUUUACAUUGUACUUGCCAGCAAAUAGGACACACAUUUUCCCCCUCAUAAUAUGCCGUAAAUAUUGGGUGCAUUUAUGCAUGCGCCGGUAAUCAAAACUAUGAGUUGAAAUUUCAGUUAGUCUAAAAUUUAUGGUUUAUGUUAAUUAACAUAUUUAAGUAUUCUAAUGCAUUUUGUCUUGUUGCAAAAGAGUGUUGUAGAAUAAGUAAUCUCCAAACUUUGUUUCUGUAAAAUAGAGUUCAGAUCCAUAUAAAGUUACAAUUCAUCCAAUGUGCACAUGUGCGAUGACAUUUCAACAAUGUACUGGUCCGUAGAGUAGGGGGUGUAUCUUAUACGUCGUUGCAUCCUACACACUGGCCAAUAUGGUAUAAAUAUACAUAGAGAGAGAGUGAGAUAUUUAAAUAUUUAAAUAUGAGGUUGAUUGCUAUAAAAUAAUUGUCUCUCGUGUCAUCUCAGAUCUUUGCUGUGUCCGUUAUCAGUUUGCUGAGGUGUGUUGUUUCAAUGACAGUGAAUGCAUCAAUGACUGCUGGUUCUGUUACUGAUAAGGUACAAAAUACGGGCAUCCAGUUUUCAAUUAUCGUUGGAGAUAUACUCGAGUACUCCAACCUUUUAACUUCUAUGUAAUGCUUAAAGUCUAAUGCAAGGCUUAAGUAAUAAGGAUAUUUAGUUGAAAUAUAUUUCUUUAUAGUAAGAAAUAAAUGGGCCAAUAGAUUGCUGAUAAUCUAAUUGUGUUAAAAUUGUUGGACAGCAACCUGAGUUAUAUUAUUAGCAAGACAUGCAAACUAUACUUUGCAUUAGCUUAAAAUAUAAUGACUUAUUUUUAUUUAAACAAACUUAUGAAACCUGUAGUUUUUAUUUUCAGGUGCUGUGGCUAGUCCUGAGAUUUUUCUUGCUAGCUACAGAACUAUCUGUUGUGAUUUUUGGCCUGGCUUUCGGUACGUAUGUAAAGAGAUCCUCACAGCAAUAAUGUGUCAUUUAAUUGUUUAUGCUGUUUUUUUCUUUUAAAAAAAAAAGAAAAGGAAAGGCAUAUGCCUCAAACUACUUCAUUAUAAACAUUUCAAAUUUUAGAUGAACUUACUUUCUCAAAGAGUCACAAAAUAAUUUAUGUUUCUAUUUGCAUAAACCAAUGAAUCUUCCAAUAAUUGAAUUAUUGGACCCCACUACAGCUAAUAAGUUUUAAUAUUUGUUGCAUCCCUCAUUAAUGAGCUUUAGUGUGGCAUUUUUAAUUUAUUUGUAUUUUCAGGACAUCUUGACAGUCGUACCAGUAUUCAGAGAGUUUUGAUGGUCACGUUCACUGUUGCUCUUGCAUAUUCUGUAAUUCAGGUUAGUAAUUAAGACUCAAUUGCUCCAAUAUGAAUCUGUCCUUUCACCAAUCCCACAUAGAGCCAAAAUUUGUUUUCCAAGGUUCAUUCACCUUUUAUUAGUAUUAUAUUAACUCUUUGCCAAUAAUAUUUUUUCUUUUAUUUUGCCAUUUGGACUUGAAAUUCGGGAUAAUAAUAACAGACAAAAAAGCAGAACUGAAUUACAAAACAUGAAACAAAUUUUAAAAAAGUGAAGUAUUGUUGCCAGUCUGGAAAAACUGGUGUGAACAGUUUCAUGUAACCCUAUAAAAUGCUUGUAUUUAUGUAUCCAGCUCAUUUUUAUUUCUGUUUAAAAGUCAUUUCAACCUGGCUUCAUAGCUUUUGGUUUUAUUCCUCUGGUAGUAACAGUUUUAUAAACAAACUUAAAUGUGAUUAAGGUAGGUGUUAAAUGCAAACAUUUAAAAUAAAAUAUAUCUCUAUCUGAGCAAGUCUAGUUUGAUACAUCAGCAGACGGCAGGUAAUGGGUUUAUAUUUUGAAAUAUAAUUACUAUGAUAUUUUCUUAAGAUGAAAAUGUAAUGAAAUAUUACUAGCUAAUAAACUGUUUAUAGUAAAAAAAACUUUGUCAUUAACUGGCUUGUCACGCGAAAAUAAUAAUUCUAAUCUGGCUCUAACAGUCAUGAACUGGCUUGUCACGCGAAAAUAAUAAUUCUAAUCUGGCUCUAACAGUUUAGUAUGCCACAUUUUUCUUUGGCAGGGCACUCUUGAAUUUGAGUAUGAUCAUCUGACUGUCGUUCACAACCCAGGUGGAGACAGCAGUAAUGCCACGAUCAGCUACGAUUUGUUUGCCCAGGGAGGAAUGAUCUUUUUAUUUACAUCGUCAAUUUUCUUUGCAUUGGUAUGCAACCUGAAAUCUGUAAAUUAGUUUAAUUAAGUUUUGGAUCUGAAAAGGGGGCUCUUUACCCCUGGGGUCAUCUAAUUUUGUGUUAUUACUGUCAUAAUAGUUUUAGAAAAAUUAUAGAUUUGCUUCAAAUAAUUGUAGAUGUGUAGGUUAUUUAAUUAAAUUAUUUAUGUAUAUUUAAAUACUAUUAGAAAAAUACUCAUAAUUUGUUCUUUACAUUAAUCAUUUCCUUGUCCUGACAUUGGAUGAUGAUGUGAAAUUAAAAACUCAUUUCAACUGUUGAAAGGAAAAAAUUGUGUUUGCUAAAUGUGAUUUAAAAAAAAAAACUAUCUUAAAACACAUAGCUGCUCUCUAGAAAUUAGCAAUGUUUUACAACUAUCUUUGAAUCCACCUACAGAUUAAUUUUAAUACUGGUUUCAGGUAUACACAGUAAUUGUGCUGCUUCCAUUUACAAGACUCAAAGAUCGCUUUCUUUUACCAAGUAAGAUUUUUUCCAAUAUCUGCAGUUCAUUUAUUAUAUAAUUCAAAUGUUUAAGUAUAACUUCUCCACUGAAAGGGUUGAUAUUAAUAUUUAUAGAUAAUUAAUUAAAGGAAUGAAUUUUAGAGAAGAGAAGAAAUGCAUUUGGAUAAAACUAAAUAAAAUGCAUUCUGUUUUUCAUUAAUAAAAUUUUAAACAUCCAAGGGAUAGUGUUUCUGCUGACAGUGGUAGUGUGUAAAGUGUUUCUUCUGACAGUGGUAGUGUGUAAAGUGUUUACACUGUCAGAAUAAACACUUUACACACUACCACUGUCAGAAUAAAGUGUUUAUUCUGACAGUGGUAGUGUUUAAAGUGUUUAUUCUUACAGUGAUAGUGUUUUUCUGACAGUUUUCCCCUUCUGUUUCAGCCAAGCGCCUCUUCUACUAUUACUGUUCAACACUAGCAGUUCUCAACUUAGUGCAGGCUGUAUCCAGUUUACUUCACUACUUUCAUUUUAUUUACAGCCUUUGGUGAGGAUCAUUAAUGUCAAUAGUUACUUAAAUUGUCUUUUUUUAAACAUAUUAUAGGUGUUAACAAAUAGGGUAAGGGUUGAUUAUGAAAAACAAACCACUGAUCGAGUCGGCCGACUGCUUUCUUCACCCAACAAGACGUGUGUGUAAUAUCAAGGAUAAUAUAAUGUACAAUCGCCAAUAAUUCUCUAGGUAUGAAUAAUAUGGCUGUAUGCUGUGCUCAGCAGGUUCGCCAAAUUCCCAGAAACUAGCACUCAUUGGGAUUCUUAUAAAGUGAGGUACUUGAAUGAACAUUGUGUCAAGUAACUUUAGUAGAUGGGAAGUUCAUUCACUGCAGCUGCCCUUGUUCGGCAGGUUAUUUCUAGUGGCAUUAAUAAUGCAACUGAUACAGUCUUUAAAAAAAAGGAACUAAAUAAUCAACUCCAGCUGCCCCCCCCCCCCCGGAUGUUAAAAUAAAUUUAUUUAUUCUGUCAUUCGUUAAAUCAAAUCAUUGAAAAAUCAUCUAAAAAUAUCCCAUAUUUUUCAUUUGUAAAAUUUGUUAAUUAUGCUUUUAAAUGUUUAAUAAAGUUUUGCUUCUUCAUCUAUUUCAGUGUGAUUGAUGGUACAACAUACAUGUAUUUUUCCUUUUAUAACCCUCUGGUGUAUUGUGUCUUUCUUUGGAGGUUUUUCAAGUAAGUUUGCCUCAACAAAUAUCUCAAACCUUUUAAAAUAACUUAGUUGCAAGUGGAUUAUUUUUAGUAUGUACAUACCUGUAAUUAUUGCAAUAUUUUUUUUCUCCUUGCAAUUAAAAUAAAAAGGAUGCAUUUUUUUUUUCAUUAUAAAACCUUAACAUGAUCUGUUUCUUUGUAUCCUCAAUAAAUAACGUAUCAUGGAAUUUUCACUUGAAACAAAGUAACAAACAACUGUUUCUGAGCUCUAUUUAAAUCAAGAAUUGUAUUGUUUCCAGGACAUCCCAAACAGGAUUGCAGUUCUCUUACAAACACCAUGAUGACGUGAUAGAUGACGAGCACUUGAACCUUCCUUACAGCAACGGAGCUGCCAAACACGAGGACCACUCCCCGAUCUACUCCUAUGAUAGCACUCACUUUGAUGUGCAGUUCAAUGGCAGGAACUCUCGAAGGGAUAGCGGGGGCUCAGAUACAAACUCGUCUUUCCAGGGAGGUCAAUCCAUAAACAGUGACUACUACAAUAUUUCUGUUGAUACUUGAGUAUUUGUAGAACCAGCUGUGAGCAUGUAAUAUAUCUGUUAAUAGACACAACUGCUUCAGAAUCAGAGACAUCUGAGUGUAUUUAUUAUUUUUUACUGAAUACUGGUACCUAAAUAACUGGCUUAUCCUCUUGUUUUAUUGUUUUAAAUUCUCUGCUUUGAUUAAUAAAUAAGUGUAAUUCAGAUUUACAUAUUAUGUGCGUCAGAUUUUGACUCUUUAUUCUCUUAAUUGACUACUUUUUUUUUUUGGUUUGAAUUUCUGUUUUGAUGAAUUUGAAUGGCUGCAGGCAUACAUACCAAAUGUUUUGAUAUCAGCACAUUUUAUAGCUGGUUUAAGCCUUUUACUAUGCUUUCAUCUGUCCACUGUUCUACAACUGAUAGGAUUUCAUAACUUAUGUUUGAUACUGUUUUCACUUUGCCAUUCACCUGGAAGCUUUCAAUAAAAAAAAAAAAAUGGCUGAAUUAAAAAUAGAAUGUUAUUAUCCUAGGGUGGGGUGAGGGAUUCAUAAUCCAUCCUAACAUUUUUAAAAAAGGGGGAAACAUUGUUUGUACGACAAAAAUGAUAACUGAUUUAAAUACUGUUUAAAAACAAUGCUCAGUAACUAUUUUGGCUGUUCAUUUGUUUUUGUGCAGGUUUUUUCACUCCCAGGGGUUGGCAUGUAUGCCUGCAGGUUUUUUCACUCCCAGGGGUUGGCAUGAAUGCCUGCAGGUUUUUUUCACUCCCAGGGGUUGGUAUGUAUGCCUGCAGGUUUUUUCACUCCCAGGGGUUGGUAUGUAUGCCUGCAGGUUUUUUCACUCCCAGUGAUGGCACGUAUGCCUACAGGAAAACUGUGAUUUUUAGGAUUUUAUGAUUGCUUGGAUUUUUUAACUUUAUACUGGUCAAUGCAUGACUAACAAACUUGACCAUUAGCAUAUGCUAAUCAAGGUCUACAAAGGUCAUGGUCUUAUGAUCUUUUUAGGAGCUUACAUUUCAGUUUUUUAUUGACCCAAAAAACUUAGUUCCAUUUAUAUAUUAAUGAUUAAAGCUGAUUACCGCAUUCUUAGACACUUGUUGUCACUCUUUAUAGUAGAUACUUUCAGUGGAAGGCCUAUGGGUGUUAUAUAAUUAGAAAUAUUUCAACAGGUUCCCCAAUGCACAGAUCUGACAUGCUUGGGAACUAUUUCUAGUUUCAAAAUUAACAUUCGUUUUCAACACAUUUUUUCGAUUGUCAUGCAGAAAGUCUGUACACUAUCCAAAAUUUGCUUACUGUAUAUUUUACAUGAAUUCAUUAAUUAGUUAUCUAAUCUAGAAGAAUGUUCCACUAGACUAGAUUGAUGGUCAGCCUACAUGAUUGUUGGUGGUCAGCCUACAUGAUCAUUGGUGGUCAGCCUACAUGAUCAUUGGUGGUCAGCCUACAUGAUCGUUGGUGGUCAGCCUAAAUGAUCAUUGGUGGUCAGCCUACAUGAUCAUUGGUGGUCAGCCUACAUGAUUAUUAGUGGUCAGCCUACAUGAUCAUUUGUGGUCAGCCUACAUGAUUGUUUGUAGUCGGCCUACAUGAUCAUUGGUGGUCAGCCUAUUUUAUCAUUGGUGGUCAGCCUAUUUUAUCAUUGGUGGUCAGUCUACAUAAUCGUUAAAAGGAAAUGAAUCUUUGUCAAAUCACUUUUUAAAAAAAAUAUAUAUUACUGUAAAAAUAUGAAAGUACAAUGUCCCAAAAUUGUUUGAUUGUGAAUCCUAUUAGGUUGGUUUUGGCUCCAGUUAUAGCCUAACAAAAGACAUAAGACUCUAGUUUCACGCUAUUCUAAAACUGGAGAAACAACUUAUCUUUCAUUCUUGCCUAAAUGAACUCUUGUUUAAUCUAGAUUGACAGGUUCAUUUUUAUGGAAAUCCACAUACAGUCCUGACAUUCACGAGAUUAUUAUCAAGUCUCAAAGAUCUUCAAUUAAAAUGACUUAAAGUAGCAUGAGCCUAAAAAGUCAAAAUGUUUAGUUGUUGUGUUCACUUCAGCAUUUAUAAUACAGCAUUUGUGGUGGAUGUCUUUCUAUUUCUUUGAGAUUUUUAAAACCAGUUUCAAAGUUCUGUCAUGACCCUAUUGUAAUUGAAGCUGAUGCUAUGGUAAUUUGGCUUAUUGUAAUAACUUUCUAAACCUGAUGUUAUGAUAAUUGGGACUAUUGUAAUAUCUUCCAAAAGUUGAUGUUAAUGAUAAACUGGCCUAUUGUAAUAUCUUCUUAAAGCUGAUGUUAUGAUAAUUGGCCCUAUUCUAAUAUAUUCCAAAAGCUAAUGCUAUGAUCAUCUAUAACUGAGGUCUGUGCUUUUCAAAAUUAUUACCGGUAUGUACAAAUUGCAAAGAUUGAAAAAUAAAAUUCUUUGACAUGGCUAACGGUUUUCUAAAUAAAAGCUUGUCUGACAAGUUGUAUCUAUAAAAUAAAUAAAAAAUAUAACAUGGAAUGCAACUAUGAUUGUUUUUUUUUAAUCCAAUAAGGAAGUCAUGUUUCUCCUUUUUGGUAUGCCAUAAUUCUUAAAUUCUUUGGCCAGCUUUUUUUAAAAAUUUCAUACCAGGUAUUAUUAGUUUCAACUGUAUGAAACUUGCAAAUCCAUUUUCAUCUCCCACAAGUAUUAUUAGAGUAUAAGUAAUUAGAUCAGGGACAGGAAGGAUGUUCUCAACAUGCUUCUUCUCUAGAUCCCUGUUACCAUGGUGCCCAUGCCUUUUACUGUUAGCUGCUGCAUUAUAAAAUAAACAACUAUGCACAUACAAAAAUAAUCUAAAAACUACUAUUUUUUUUAAUACUCUGAUGGAAAAUGAUCGUGCAAAGUGGUUAAAUAAGACUGAUUCAUAAAAUAUUUUAAUUCGAUUCUAAACAAUUCAAAGUUGAAAGCUCUGUUAACUUAUCAGGUAAAUGUGUUUUUAAUCAUUUCUAUUCUAAACAAUUCAAGAUUGAAAGCUCUGUUAACUUAUCUUUAUCAGGUAAAUGUGUUUUCAAUCAUUUCUAUUCUAAACAAUUCAACGUUGAAAGCUCUGUUAACUUAUCUUUAUCAGGUAAAUGUGUUUUCAAUCAGUUCUUCUUGGAAGCAGAUACUGUUCAAUUUUCAUCUUAGAUUUUGAUCAUUGAAAUAAAUAGCUGGUACUCAAUAGCUACCAAUGUGUCUGUUUUCUAACUGAGCUCUGUACAAAGUUUUGUGAGAUGUAAUUUUACUUUUAGCCGGAGAUAGGAAUACAAAUUUUAGGUGUUUAACUAAGACUUGCAUUAAUAUUUAGCUCUUGUUUUAUGUAGGCAAAGAAAACAUGUGACAUGUUUUAUGUAAGAAAAGCCAAAAUUGUGUGAGAUGUUUCAAAUAAAAGAUAUUGUCUUUUUUUUUCCUUUAGUCUUUCAUAAAUCUCUGGAGCCACAUUUUAAAAAAAAUGUUGGUACUUACACAUCUGGAAUGAAUGACUUAUUUCUUAAUGUUAAGUUUUAAAAAUGUAAAUUAUAAGAUAAUAUUGAAGUUAAAGAUUGCAAUUAAUGGAAAAACAUUAAAAUUAUGAACCAGAAAUGUGUGGAUUUACUUUUCCCCUCAGAAAUCAAACACCUAAAAUAUCUUGUAGUUAUGACUAAAAUAUUAACAGAAAUUUAUUAACACAUCAUGUUAUAGAAUAGGCUUUUAAUACAUUUAAGUUGAUUUAUUCCAAACAUAAUUUCUUGCAUAAGUUUUCUUAUUAAAACUUGUUUGUUUGUAAUAUUUACAUUACAUUAUAUUAUAUUGAUAUUUAUCACAGUCGUAAUAUUUAUAUUAUAUUGAUAUUUAUCACAGUUGUAAUACCUUAUGGAAAUAAGAAUAGUUAAUUGGACAAAAUGUUGAUUUCUAUUUUCUCUGAACAAUGUUAUGGGGAAUGAACAUACAAGUAUUAACAUUUGUCAAGUUAUUGUGUCUUUGAAUGAUUUAGUUCGCAGCUAUUCCAACAUCAGCCACUUAUAGUUAGAAUUUGUUAAGAUGUCUAAAGUCUUGUCAUCUUCUACCAACAGUUGUUGCAGAAAAAUUAUUUCAAAUUAAUUUUUUUCUCUCCAAUAAAUAAAAUACCAUACACAUCAUAAUUAUCAAUGUCUGCCGUCCUCUUUUGUGAUACAUUAUUUAUGUCUAUAACAUUUUGUUCCAAAUGAACCAUUUAAUAAAUUUCUGUUAUUUAUAUUUAUUUUCAUUAUUG